CGCUGACACGCAAGCUACCUUUACAAAUAUUAAAAGAACGAUAGGAUAUUUUAUUCCACAGAAAUUCCCAUUUUUGUUAAGUGACAAUGUCUGAGCGAACUACUGACAUUUUCGCUGGAUGGAGCCACCAUAGCCGUCCGACCGGCAUUGCAAAGUUAUCGCAAAGUCCAUCCUCCAUCGUCCGUCGUCCAUCGCAAAUGGCUUGGUUUGACGAUUAGGUGUGUGAUGCGUCAUGCGGCUGAGGCAACCUGGUGAAUUGAAGGAUUCCUGUUAUUUGACUACGAUUACCUCCUUUCAUAUUGGAUUAACAUUGUUAAUAAAACAUGGGUAACUCGGCUAGCCAGACGAACAGUGAUGAUGAUGAUUCUGUCACAUUUGAUUGUGAUGCUGAGUCUAAUAAAGAGGGACAUUUGCCAGCAACCAGUAUAGACCUGAGUUUGCUGUUUCAACAUGACUCACUCAGGGAAAUCACAACCAAGCUGAAACCAGCCACUCCAAAUAAUGUGUUGCAGCAAAACUGUAAGGAACUGAUGCAAUGGUUGGAGAGCAGACUUGACGUGAAUGAGAAGGUGGUGACGGCGUCACAGUUCUGCGAGCUGUUAGGAGGGCGUGGUGCUAGCCGCGAAGACUGCAUGCAGGCGUACAGUGCAUUCGACUCUGAGGGAACUGGGGAAGCUGAGAUAGAAGCUGUUAUGGAGGCUUUGCGAUCCUCAGGAGGUUAUUCAUCUUACUCAUCUUACUUAUCGUUACGGAUACGCAACAACGUGCUGCUAAAGCAGUUAGUGAUAACUGUUGCCACCUCAGACCAGUCCUACAUGCCUCAGCUUGUGAGCGUGUCUGUUGGCAAGACCCCAGAUAAGUUAAAAGAGAUCAAGGAAGUGAGAGUCCCAAGCAAUGUUACAGGAGAUGUCACACUACUGGAAAACACCAAGUCUGUCUUUCCAUUUGUCCAGAUCAACAUCAAGCGUUGCCAUAGUGAUGGAUGUGACACACGUGUUCGAGGUAUCAAAACACUUGGGCAGAGAGUGCACUAUUCUCCGGGCCUAUCUGUUACUGAUGCUACCGCAAUAUGGUACCUGCAGGUCAUUGCCUCUACAGCGACAGCGUACAUUCCAGUAGCUCCACAGCUCCGACAGACUAUCCUUGAACACAGCAAGCAGGCCCUCACUCAUAUCGCCCCACUGUCACUGACACACAGCUCCGCUGAGCGACCUGCCUUCCUCACACCCAUCGUUCUCGGUGAAAUCAGCCGGUUUCUGGAGUCUCUAGCUCUCGAUCCAUCAGGAACCUCGGUCAUUGAUGGUCUGCAUGUAAUGCUAUGGUUCUCCUUGGCGAGGGGUCACUUGGCAAGCAUUAUAUCUACACUACAGUGCAUUCUCAAACACCCUGAAAUGAAGAUGGCCUGCAUUCCACUGAUCACGUCAUUAGAUAGCAUAUACACCAGCACGCUGCAGCGACAUGCUGUGGUGCUUCACCCUGCCCUCGCAGGAACAAGCGGCGGCAAGCGGGAUAUCUUCUCUAGUCCUUCCAACCUGCUAAGUAGCAGUCCAGGAGCUGGAUAUGUCACUGCAGCAGGUGUCACCAAAGUGAAUGUCCAUUUUAAGUCGGACGAUUACCUAGAGCUGACGAGGCUGAACAUCAAGGUGCAUCGUGGGGCGAUUGGUGCUAGAUCGGGCUUGGUAUUUGUGUAUACAGCAGAGGGCAAUGAUAAUGUGUGCAGCAGUAAGUACAGCUGGGACUGCUGUGAUAGCUGGACAGAAAAGGAUUUUGCAGAAUUCAAGGCCAAUCAGGGCACCAAAGUGACGCGUAAAGGACCAGUUGCAUUCUUCCAUUUGGACGAUGAUUGGGACGAAGUUGAAGUGAAACUUGCUGAUGUAUCUUCUGGAAAAAAUAUCAUGAUCAAGUUCCUGCAGCCACGAGGUCCUGCCAGUAUGAUAGGAAUCAUGUCAAUACAUUUCUUUGGCUAUAAGCGAAAGCACGUUACUUUCAUUGGUGAUAUAUGCGCAACUGACACUGAGGCAAUCACCGAUACAGUUGAGAGGAAUGGCCCAUUGGGUGAGGCAGACUCAGCAUAUGGCUCUCAUCAUGUACAGACAUCUAGUAGUGAAGUGGUGCUGGAGGAAACAGGUACGAGGCAUUCGUCCCUGGCUCACGUUGAAACAGAGGAUGACAACACACUGGUGUCCUGCGAGACGUUAGUGGCGCGCAUGCUGCAAUUUGUCUCGGGUCUCGCUGUGAGACAGGCCGAGUCAUUGUCCUCGUCAUUGGCUCGACACAUGACCCUUGACCUCAGUGACUUUACGAUCGAUGCAUUCUGGCAGCUUUACAGCUUGUUGCUGGAGGCUGGCGAUAGCACAGUGUGGGCGUGCUGCCGAGUGCUCUGUCUGCAGCUCUUCCUCGCUCUCCUACCUAACAUAUCUGAAGCAUCCGUGCAAAAGUCGUGCAAGAUUAGUACUCUUUUUCAACAUCUCUGUGAUGUGGUCGAUGGAAGAGGGUCGCAUUGCCAAGAUGAGAUCUGCGCGUCCUCCUACUACCAAGACAGCAUGAAAGCCAUUGCGCAGGAGAUAAUAUCAAGUGGUGCCACCAUAUUCUAUCCAGAUGAUGAAGCCAGGCGGAAGCAGUUGUUCUCGAUGAUAGACACCAUCUCGGCAGAUAAUGUCUCCGAGUCUGCCAGUAUGGUAUUUCAGUCACUGUGCCAGUUCUUUGGUAAUGUCAAUCCACAAGCAAUUCUGUUUCUUCCUGUCAACCUUCCAGACGACUUUAGCAUAGAACCUACUCUUGGCGUUUUAUCUAAGCUCCUCACUGUUGCAAAGACAGAGUACAUGACAUUGUUAACAGAAAAACAGUGUUCCUGCCUGUGUAUGCUGCAGCAGUCGUCCGAAAAGCGCAAGUUUGAGAUGUGUCAGAACCUGCUUGUUCGAUGGACUGCAGCGGUCACAGGAGCACGCCGUCACGAUGUCGACAUGCUGCUCGCCGUCGCCGUCGACGACACGCAGGAGGAGAAGUUCACGGUGACGGCGCGCGGAUACCCUGACAUGCCAUCUGCUGGCUGUACGACUUGCAGCUGCAGUGCGCCCAAGCUGCUUGGUAGCUACACGGGACUUUGGAUACAGAUGAUGGUAGCUGACUCGACUCCGGAUGACGUUGCUGGUCACGAGCUAUGGCCGACGCUGUUCCGCGGAGGCAGGGUCGUGCGUAAGCUGACGCGCUCGUUCUCCGGCAUGCACGAGUCAUGUACGGACGAGUCGGCCGCCUACUCCUUACUGCGGGACUUGCUGGAGGAGAAGAAGGAGAGUCGCGGACAAGCACUGCUGGAGCAGUGCAGGAAGAGCCGGCGCACACGUGCAGGGGGCGCUCACGUCGAUGCCGCCAUCGCAGCGGUGUUUGCCGCGCUCAUCUGGCACACACAGCAGCUGCGCGAGGAAGUUGAGCAGGUGGCAGAGUCUGAGGCACCUGUCUCAGCCAAUGAUGGCGUCCUGCACGCGUAUGCUGCUGCCGAGAGUGUGCGGAGCUACCUGCUGGAGCAGCGACAGCGACAGCGGCAGCAGGCGGACGAUUCUGCCGGUGACCCGGCCGGCGUCGACCCCGUGCGUGCGUGUCACGAGAAGGCUGAGAUGCUGCUGGGUUUCGCCGGGCUGCUGCGACGCGACGCCGCCUCGUGCGGCCGUCUACUGCGAAGCGGCGGCAAGCCGCAGCGCGUGCCGCCGCCGAGCGAUCGAGCGACGUCGCCCGCCGACGAGACGCCCGCGCUUGACGCGAGGCAGGCCUCGUUCUGUCUCGUGCUGAGCUUCGUGCGCGACUGCGCGCUCGCGAGCGACAAGGUCGAGCGACUGCUGGCGGAGCGGCGGAGGCGCGCGGCCGCCGUCGCUGACGCCCUCGACGUGACCUUCAAGUUCCUGAGCCUCGGGGAAGACAUCCUGCAUCUGCCGAACGUGCUCUUCCUGCAGGAGCUGCUCACACAUCUCGACAAGACUGUGAGUCGCAUGCCGUGGCACUACGCGGACAAGAUCAACGGCUGCGGGCUGCAACUCGAGGCGAGGGUGCGCGGCGGGUACUACGCGCUGGUCGGCCAGCUCGUCAAUGCGGUGAAAGCCUUCGAUCGGCGAUCGGCCCGCACCAAGCUAGUUCCCAUCUACGAUUUCAUGCUGGCAUGCACGCUGCAUCUUUUGGACAUACCCUGGCAGCCGUACGACUUUGCGUUCCUGCAGAGUAUUGAGUUCCCGAGGCUGCUGAUGGACAUUGCCAGCAGCGGCAUCACGAUCCACGGCAUCGUGACGGACGAGGAUGGCGAUGAGAAGGAGCUGGCGGAGUAUGAGCAGUACAUGCAGUGGCUGCCGGAGUGCAGGGAGAACGUCAAUAGGUGGUACAAAAAAAUGCUCAAACAAGCGCAGAAGAAGCAGGACGUUCAGAUGUUCAUCGCGCGCUUCUCCGACCUGCUCAACGUCGAGAUCGAGUGUGACGGCUGUGGCGCGACGCUGACGGGCCGCCGCUACCGCUGCCUGCAGUGCGCCGAACUCGACCUCUGCUGCACGUGUUUCAUCGUCGCCGUGAAGCCGAGCGACGACGCGGGGUCGGACGGCGAGGCGACGGCGCACGCCGACGACCACGACUUUGUCAACCUGAUGUUCAAGUGCAACUGCUGCGAGGCGUUCAUCGUCGGCACGCGCAUGCACUGCCGCGAGUGCGACGACUACGACCUGUGCGUCGGCUGCCACCGCACGGCGCGCGCGUACCCGGGAGCGCACGCGCGCGCGCACGCCGUCGACCGCCACCCGCUCGUGAAGCUGCGCAACAGCCCGCUGUCGGAGUCCGUCAUGCAGACGUACGCGCACCAGCACGUCUGGCUGCUGCUGUCCUCGUUCGCGCUGUCCCUCACCGCGCUGCUGUCGCGCGAAGACCCCGGCCUCGACCCGGCGUACCUGCGUAGCGCGACCGCGCUGCAGGCCGACUGCUUCACGCUCGCGACGACCGCUCUCCAGCAGGUGGUGACGCUCGACGGCGACGCCGUCGCCGGCCGCCACCAGGUGGCGUUCUCGCCGCUCUCGCAGGAGAAGAUCGUCGGGCUUCUCGGCGCGAUGAUCCUGUCGUGCGGCGAACACAGGCGACUGCUCGACGCUGUCAGAAGCAACGAGCUUCUCGUUCUGCUCUUCAGGAUUGCUCAGCGGCAGACGCUGCAUGACUGCAACACUGCGCACAUGGCGUUGACGAUACUCGGGCGUUUGUUACAGCUGAUAGACGUGGACACCUGCAGCAAAGCCGUGCGCGCCGCACAGAGUCUCGCGGCGAACGAUGCCAGUGCUCCGCAAGACGAACGAGUAGAUGUCGUUCACGCACCGCAACUCAACGAAGUCGGAAUGGACGACUUUGAGACGCAGCCCGGCGCGAGUGUCGUACAGUUUCUGUUUCAGUUUGGUACGCAGUGUCUCGACCGCGGCCUUCAAGACUGGACGAGUUCCGUGGUGAUGAUUCUGCAGAGCAUGAGUUCGACGGAGGUGUGGAGAGAUGGGGUCCUGCGUCACGUGAGCGAGUGCAUCUAUCAGAUGAAAUAUGCAAUCACAUCUGAGGAAAUACUGUGUCUUCUGGUGGCAGCCGGCUUUCCUGAUCUCUUGUCUACGGGAGUUAAGGUGCUCUAUAACGAAGCUGGCUCUGAAGGCGAGGUGGGCUUCAUUGUAAAGCAUUUUGUCGACGCUGGUAAAUGCCUUCUAGUCAACCAGCAGACGCGCAAGCGCUCGACGGUCAAGAAUCAGUACAUCAAUCGCGUGCACGAGCCCGUGAGCAUCAUCAACCAGCAGCACCUGCGAGGCUUACUCGACGUCAUAACGACGCUCAUCGCCAAGGCCGACGGCAGAGAGAAGAUGUCGUCGGCGGCGCUGUGGGCGCUCGCACUCUGCUUCAAGUCGCUGUACCACAUGUGCAAGAACAGCGGCGAGGAGAGGACGCCAUUGUUGGCAUUGUGCAAUGAGCAGCUGAUCAGAGUGAUGAUGAGGCAGGCGAGUCUAGGCACGGGCUUCAACAAGCAGUGCAUGGUGCAGGAGCUAGAGGUCCUCUCCCUGAUGCUCUACACUGCCGACGAGAGCAAGCUCAUCGACUCCGACGCCGUAAUACCAGAGCCGAAGACGAAAGUGCGAAAGAAGUCGCACGAAGCCGCCGCCGCUGCGUCGGGCAGCUCCGUGCAGGCGGCGCCCUCUACGAAUGUGCGCAGGGACGCGAGCGUGUGCUUUGGCGUGCUGCACGAGCACAUCGUGCAAAGCACGCUGACGCACAGCGAUCUGAAGAACAACACGACGCACGAGAACAGCGGCGGGCAGCACGCCGCCGACGCGCUGCUCCUUGAGAUGUACAAGAACCUCUUCGACACAAAGCUGCGCAGCACCCGCGCCUCCGCCAACUCGCUCGCCUCGCUCGACGAACAGCCGUUGGCUAGCGGCUCCGACAGUGACUCCGACGGCGGCGGCGUCGACACGGGCGUGAUCCGAUUCGCGCUGCGCAUGCCGUCGCCAGGUCCCGUCGAGACGGAGGCGACGCGCGAGACGCAGGAGGGAGACAGCUGUCUCAUGCGGGUCGAGGACAGCGAGUUGGAGGACAAGCUCGUGCAGAAACACCGCGUGCGGUCGUCGCAGAUGCUGCGGCAGGAGCUGGAGGCGUGCCGGACCGGCACAAGCCGACGCUACCUGUACAGACUCAACCUGACGCUGUCGGUGUUUCACGCACGACACCUGCUCGCAGAGGUGCUUGCCGCGUGGCCGCUCGACAGUGCAUCACUUGUCAUCACCGGCGAGCUGCUAGGAUGCACCAACGACUCGCAGAUCGCCUGCGUGCUUGACCUGCUGCAUCGGUGGGACAACAGCAAGGACUUCCAACAACUUGUCACACACGUGGUGAAGCACUGUGGUACCUCCUGUGCUAAUGCAAUCGCACAGGCAGCCUGUUACUUCAUGGAAGAAUCUAGUUUUGAUUCUUGCACUAAGGAAUCGGAUCACUCUUAUACUGAAGCCAGAGCCACAUCAGGGAAGGUACACAUCCCCAAUGCAUCGUUCCUACUCGUGAAAUUCGAUCGUCGUUGCCACACGCGGGCAAAGUGGGAUGAGCUAUCGCUAGCCCUUGACGGAAACUUUGAGCAAGAGCUUCAUGUCUACAGCGGCACGUCGUCUGACGAUCAGUGGCAGAACUUCCACUUGCCCGGUGACACGCUCUACUACAAGUUCUGUAAACGCCUUGACGUUAGAAACAGUGAACAGAGUGUUAAACCAGAAUUCUGGGGCUGGAGAUUCACUGUCACAGGUGGUAGGAUGGGGAGAUUUGACACUGGAUACAUGAUCAUGAACAGUCUCCUAUGCCACGAACCAACUCUGAAUACGCUGCCCAUGGAGCGCAUUUGGUCGUACCUGGUACACGUUGCUUGCAAGCAAACCGGUCAACAGAGACUGAAAACAAUAGAGCUCCUGCUGAGAGUUCUCAACAGCAUGGGCUCACCCGGCGACUCGUCUCAAAAGGCAGUUCACGAUGAUCGAAAAUGCACCUCAGACACAGCUGACGAUGUUUUCACUAAAGAGCAAUUUGCCUCCAACACGGCUGAAAAAUUGCACGCCGGAACGCAGCAUACCUCAGGUGAGGCUGACAAUCACUCGGGGGCACUUCAGUCGGGUCGAGUCGACCUGACGCUGCUACGUCCACUGUGGCUGCUCUACGGCAGUUUACAGGAGAAGCAGCUGGACACGGGCAGCGCGGUGAUACCGCAGCUGAACCGAGCGCUCACGGAGUUGUUUUACGUCGCUGAGGAGCGUGCGGGCGCGUGGAGCGUCGUCGAUGCGUACCUCCUCGCGACUCACGACUACGCCGCGCUGCGCGACGUCGUCGCCGAGGUAGCCGUCGAUAUCGCGGCGAUUGGUGCCGCGAUCGAAUGCACGAACGCAGCAACAAAUCUCUGCCGGCACUGCCUUGCAGCAUGAUGCGUCGACAAAACCUUGCUUGCUUGGUUCGUGAACGGAGAUCGUAUCUUUUAUAUGGUGAGGGCAGCCAUUAAGGAAAUCUGUCGAAAUGAUCGUACCACUUAAACAAUUCAGCAUCACUCUUCUGUUUGUACGAAUUUAUAAAAGAGCCAUCAAGAACAUUUAGCAAUUCGAAUUUCAGUUAUAAGCUGCCUCGUUAUUCUAAGAGUUUCAGAUGUAACCUCAUAUAUAAUACAAACGUAAAUACUUUUAGUAUUGCUCGGCGUUGGUUAUUAAAUGUGUAAAUGCCAUGCACACUGUUGAAUGAAGUGCUAGAUACAUUUUAGCAAGAUUCUACAUAUUAUAGCCAGAGCUCAUGAUGAUACUGAUGCUGCUCAGGCUCUUGAUAGAACUGUUUUUUUUUUAAUUCCUGACUCAUGUAGUGCAACGGAUUUCCACGUGCUUCACGUUUUAAUUACCAUUUUCUGAAUAGUAAUUUUAUAUUGAGUACUUGUGUAUGCGCCUUUGUGCGUGUGUGCACGCGUGGCCUGUAUGGUAAAUAUGUUUCUGUCAAAGGAUAUGCCCGUUCUAGGGUCUGGUAAAAUGACAGUUUAGCAGUGAAUAGUUUAUCUAUUGUGGGUGGCACUGUCUGAGCUGUAUGUACCUGUGAUAUUUUUUUAGUAAUUGCUUUCCCAGCAUUAAUUAGAUAUGAAUGAGUUUCAGCAAUUGGUGUGGCAAGAUAAAUCAUGUGCUGUAUAGAAAUGAUUGAUUAACAGCACCAAAGAAUUCUUGUGCUAGUCGGCCACUUGGCAUGUUUCUAUUUUACCCAGAUACUUUUCUAAAGCAUCGAUAAGUAUUUUACGUUAAUAGUGCUUGACAAGAUUGCAUUAAACUCAUUUUUGCUGAGACGUGUUACCAGGCAAAGUUGAAGCUGUAUCAGCAAUAUCCAGCAAGCAAAAAUUGUGUAGCUUUAUGCAUGGUUUUGUAAUCGUUACUCAGCCAUCAACAGUUGUUGUGCCAAUGUAUGUACUAACCAACUCCACUCUGUUAGAUUUGUCAGUUUCUAGAGAGAUUUAUUAGAUUAAUAUUGGUGAUAAUUUUGGUGCUUAGCUGUUGCAUCAUCAUUGCUGGCAGCAUUUAAUGCAGCUAAAAUCGCAUGGAAACAAAGAGGCAAUAGUAAUAGCAGGGGUUAAUAAUGCAGAGUUUGUCAUUAUUAACCCCUGGUACAUGGCAAUAUGGAUCACUGAUGUAAUGUUACAGAGGUAAUAAAUGCUGCCUCUGAUCUUGCUCACCAUGAGCCAUAUUGGUAGCUCAAUUGAAUUGUUUUGCUAGUUUGUCAGCUUGGCUUAGGUUAAUCGGACAUAUAUAUAUUUGCCAAUUUAGUUAUCAUGAAAAUCCAAUAAUAAUGAAUCCUAGUCCAGGUAUAUCCCUGUAAUCAACGUUUGUUUAAUGAUUUUCUGCAUCUAUUCUCAUCAAACCAUGAGAUCGCUACUAAAUGUAAUUUUUUGUUAAAUAAAUAUAAUACAGUCAAACCUGUGUUAACUGUGUCACCUAUCUAUAAAAGACACCAGGAAUUCCCAUUAAGUAGCCUGUAUGAAGGUUGACUUUAGAUAAUAUGAUAUUGAAUCUGAUACACAACUGAUUAGUGCAGAAUGCGUAAAAAUUUAUAUUAAACAUA